AUGCCUUUCACCAAGCUUGUCAAGAAUUCCCCCUACUUCUCCAGAUACCAGACCAAGUACAAGCGCAGGCGGGCUGGCAAGACCGAUUACUAUGCUCGAAAGCGUUUGAUCACCCAGGCAAAGAACAAGUACAAUGCUCCUAAGUACCGACUCGUCGUUCGUUUCACCAACAGAGACAUUAUUUGCCAACUGGUCACGGCCGAACUCAAUGGAGACAAGGUCUUCUGCGCUGCCUACGCUCAUGAGUUGAAGAGAUAUGGUAUCAGCAAUGGCCUGACCAACUGGUCUGCUGCCUAUGCGACUGGUCUUCUCCUUGCUCGGCGUGCUCUCAAGAAACUCGACUUGGACGAGGAUUUCACUGGUGUUGAAGAACCAGAUGGUGAAUACAAGCUCACUGGGGCCGCCGAGGGUGAGGAUGGUGAGGAGCGUCGUCCAUUCAAAUGCUUCCUCGACGUCGGUCUUCACCGAACUUCCACCGGUGCUCGUGUCUUUGGUGCAAUGAAGGGUGCCUCCGAUGGUGGUCUCUAUAUCCCUCACAAUGAGAAGCGAUUUCCUGGCUACGACCCAGAAACCAAGGAACUCGAUGCUGACACUCUCCGAAAAUACAUCUUCGGUGGUCACGUUGCCGAAUACAUGGAGACUCUGGCUGACGAUGAUGAGGAACGCUACAAGUCACAAUUCGUCAAAUACAUUGAGGCCGAUAUCGAGGCAGACGGCCUUGAGGAGAUGUAUGCCGAAGCACAUGCCGCCAUCAGAGAAGAUCCCUUCAAGAAGGAUGAGGAUGAAGGAGACAAGAAGAGCAAAGAGGAAUGGAAAGCUGAGGGUAAGAAAUACAAGGUUGCAAAGAUGUCCAAGGAGGAGAAAGAUGCUCGAGUCAAGGAGAAGAUUGCUUCUCUUGCUUCUUAG